UUGGUUUUCGAAGAAUUAAGUAAUUGUGUCGAUCCAAAGUACAUAUAUGCAAAAUGUUUAAAUGAAUUUGGAUCUCUAUAUUUCUUUGAACGUUACUUUGAGAAUUACUUAUUCACACCAUUUAUAAUGAAAUACCUACCGGUUAAUCUUCUAAACGAAGACCUGAAAAUCCACUUACAUCACAGGAUAUCUUUCAAGCAUGGGUGUACUAAAGUGGUUGAUUUUAGCGUUACUUUUUGUUGUUUUUUCGAUAUUUGAAAUUGUUGAUGCUAGAGAAAUAUAUGAUUACGAUAACACAUUAGACGAUGUUUAUGGGAAUGCGUAUCAAACUUACGAACAACCUAAAAGACAAUGCCCUCUUUGCGAUUCAUCAGUGUUUAGUUACUGUGGCGAAAAGCUUUUUCAUGAUUCCUGUUGCUGUAAUAAUCCUAACAACCCCCACUAUCCAUUACCGUAUAAAUGUAAAUUCGCAGAUUGCAGUUUUCUUCACUCAAACACCUGUUACGAACAUAAACUAAUCACAGCCUGCUGUUGUAUCUCGUAAUUUAAGGGUUAAAAGUGUUAUUUAUUUUAUUUAUUUAUUCUAAACUAAUCAUACAUGUCCUAAUAUAUGAUAUUAUUUUAUGCAAUAUUUAUAUAUGAUGUAGUUACAAGAUA